AUGUCACGGGCCAUUAAUAAGAUAAAACAAGCGGAACCACCUGGUUCAGAUAAUCGAGGCCAUGGUAUACCAACUAAUAAAAUAUCUGAAGAACGUAUGAACUGUGUCCGGAAACAUAUUCAAAAUUUUCCAUCUUACCAAUCGCACUACACAAGGAAUAAGAAUCCCAAUCGUAGGUAUCUAUCUUCUGACCUUAAUGUUACCCUGCUGUAUCGUUUGUACAGUGUGUACUGUCAGGAACAAGUUAUUGUCCCCGUUUCCAGUGAUAUUUAUCGUCGUACAUUCAAUAAUGAGUACAACCUUCAUUUUCAUGUAUCACAAAAAGAUACGUGCUCUAAGUGUGAUGCUUACAAAUUAAAAAAAGCUGCAGCAACAGAUGCUAAUGAGAUAAAACAGAUUGAAGUUGAGCACGAACUCCAUCUUAGGAAGGCCGAGCUGGCACGUACUUCUAUGAAAAAGGAUACAGAAAAGGCCCAGACUGACGAUUCUUACUAUGCAUUCACGUUUGACUUAGAGAAAGCCCUACCUUUCCCAAAACUAACCACAUCUAUCGCAUACUAUAAAUGUAAUAUGUACAUUUACAAUUUGGGCUGCCAUGAGCUAUCAACUGGCUUAGGCUACAUGUAUGGAUGGGAUAAAACAACAGCGUCGAGAGGAUCUCAGGAAAUCAGUGCCUGUGUCACAAAGCCCAUAGAAUUACGCCGUGAUUCAGUAAAAAUCUCAUUGUUGUGUUUUGAGGAUCUUUUGUUUUUUCGGGAUCAAUUUACGGAUAGGGAAAGCAAUUGCAAUAGUGAAGAAACAAGUGGCAUUGAAACUGUGUUAAUAAAUGCAAAUUUGGGUGACGAAGACAUAAAUGUGACCCAGAAAAAUGAAUUUGAAGAGUCGUUCAUUAGUGAUGUGGAAAGUGCAGAAUUACGAACCCCACAAUUAAAAAGACUUAAUAAACGCUUAUCAGAUUAUGAACGAAACAUUUAUUUGUCUUCAAGUAGACAAAAACUGGAACCAGCAGAAGAAUCACUGAGAGAACUCUUUAAGGCUAUUUUAAAAUUAAGCCAAUCUUCUAGUGAGGACUCCUUGACAAUUUGGUGA